GAAGACCAAUCAGCAGAGAGGAGAGUGGAAGUGGCUUAAAGGAGAAGGUGAAUAUUCGGUGGCGGCGCCAUUGCGGGACGAAGAUUGUAAGCGGUUGGAGGUGCUACAUUGGUUUAACCAUGAUGUACACUUGUGCAAAGUUUGUCUCCUGUCCUGCUGUGGUUCGCAGCACUUCCAGGACAUUCCUUAGGCCUGUGUCAGCAUCUAUCUUAAGCAGACCAGAGCUGCGAAAUGAAAAAGCUCAGCUCCUCCCUGGACCAGGGAGUAUACUGAUACCGGUUAUACAGCGGGACCUCCACACCAGUGUUGCUUCCAGGGACAUCGACACUGCUGCUAAGUUUAUCGGUGCUGGGGCUGCCACUGUGGGAGUGGCCGGCUCCGGUGCUGGCAUUGGGACUGUAUUCGGCAGCUUGAUUAUCGGAUAUGCCAGACAGACGAACAGACAGGAUCUCCCGGUUCCCACUGGCUUCAACUCUGCUUCACAUUCCCAUUCAGAUAUGUCCGUACAUGGUCUCCUCUACUGCCAUGAUGAGGCCAAACUCAGGUUGGAGGAGCAACACCUCAUAUAUCGUCUGGGUAGUCUCCAGCCCCUUGGUGUGAACAUCGAAUUCUCCAACUUCCGGUAAUUCCCUCCCUCUCCCUUCCCCCAUCCCACCUUCACUCCGUCUCCUCUUCCAGCUGCCUAUCGCCUCUCUCAUGAUUCUACUACUACCCAUAGUGCUCUCCCCUUACAUUCCUUCUUCACCUUUCCUACCUGUCCCCUCCCCCAACGUUCUUUAUAGGGCCCCUGCCCCCUCCUUCAGUCCUGACGAAGGGUCUCAACCCAAAACAUUGUCUGCUUUCAGUGGAUGCUGCCCGACCUGCUGAGUUCAUCCAGCUUGUUUGUACGUGUUGAUUUGACCACAUGCAUCUGCAGUUUACUUUGUGUUUGAAUGUACGGUGUAGUUUCAGUUAUCAGAAUCAAGAAAAGCAAGGCAAAAUCGAUUUGGAGGGGGAAAAAUCAGCACGUGCAUGCGUACGCAUGUAUAUUCAAGCGCACACAACUGUCCACACAAGGCUUCAUGGUCAUGGCAGUCUUUUUCAGGGUAAACACACGUUUAAAGAAGGUGUCUUUUUUUGUAAAAGUGAAAAUCCUCUGGUUAGUGAAAAUGGGUAUACUCUUUUAGGUUUUUUGUAACAGCAAGCUGUCAUAAAACGAACGUUCAAAAAACGGGAAGUGUGAAGGAACCAAGGGAACCUGGGUUCUGCACUCAUGGCUGCCUCAGAGUUUUCUGUAACAGUUAGUUGAAAAUACCAAAACCUCUUAGAUGCAAAGUACAGUGGUUUG